AUGUGUGGAAUUGUGACAGUCCUGUUCCUGGAAAUGCAGCUCAGUGUGGUUUCAGCUUUAUUUACAGUUGAAGUUCCUCAGCAGCUAUACGUUGUGGAGUAUGGGAGUAACGUGACCAUGGAGUGCAGGUUCCCAGUGAACGGCUCUUUGAACCUUGGACUCCUAAGUGUUGUCUGGGAGCAGAAAAAGCAAGGUCGGCUCUUAUCAAAAGAGGUUUACACACUUCGCAAUGGGAAGCCAUUCCCUUUAUCCCAGCAUCACGAUUAUAUAGGAAGAGCAGCGCUGUUGCACAGUGAAUUGAAACGGGGGCGAGCUCUGCUUCAAAUCACCAAUAUAAAGAUCACAGAUGCAGGAUCGUACCUCUGUCUCAUUGAGUACCAGGGUGCUGACUACAAGUACAUUACUUUGGAAGUAAAAGCAUCCUACAAGAGAAUUAACAAACAGAUAAUGAGAAAAUCAGACGAAGAUCAGUUUGUUUUUAUGUGCCAGUCAGAAGGCUUUCCUCUGGCAGAGGUAUUCUGGCAAAAUGAGAAGAAAUUUAAUCUCAGUGGAUCUGCAAAUACCACCUAUACCUUGACUGCAGACGACCUGUACAACGUAACCAGUGUCCUGACGGUCAGACCAAAUCUGAGUGAGACCUACAGCUGUAUAUUCUGGAAUAAAGAACUGAAUGAACAAACAUCAGCUCACAUUUCUACUUUAGCUUUAAUGAGCACCCAGUAUAGUGGACAAAAAUCACUAGUCUUAUUUAUCAUCCCCACAUGUGUGAUAGCUGCUGUUCUUCUCUCUGCAUUAAUAAUCCUUCAAAAGAGAAAAUCAUUCAAGAACUGCAAUGCCAAAAAAGGCAGGAAAAGAAAACUUCACCACUUUUUCUCUGUUACAGGUAAAAUCAAUAUAAAUUGA